AUGUCUGCUCAAAUCAGCAAAAAGCGCAAGUUCGUAGCUGACGGUGUAUUCCGUGCUGAACUCAACGAAUUCUUCACUCGCGAACUCGCCGAGGAGGGUUACUCUGGAUGUGAUGUCCGUGUCACCCACGCCCGCACCGAGAUUAUCAUCCGUGCCACACACACCCAGGAGGUCCUUGGUGAGAAGGGCCGUCGCAUCAGGGAGUUGACCGCACUCGUCCAGAAGCGUUUCAAGUUCCCCGAAAACUCUCUUGAGCUUUACGCCGAGAAAGUGCAAUACCGCGGUCUUUCCGCUAUUGCUCAAUGUGAGAGCUUGAGAUACAAGCUCCUUGGUGGUCUUGCCGUCCGCAGGGCAUGCUAUGGUGUCCUUCGCUUCGUCAUGGAAUCUGGUGCAAAGGGUUGCGAGGUGGUUGUUUCCGGAAAGCUUCGUGCUGCUCGUGCCAAGUCGAUGAAGUUCACCGAUGGAUUCAUGAUCCACUCCGGUCAACCCUCACGAGACUUCGUUGACUAUGCCGUGAGACACGUUCUGCUUCGCCAGGGUGUCCUUGGUAUCAAGGUUAAAAUCAUGAAGGGCUAUGACCCCGAAGGCCAAUUGGGCCCUCGCAAGCCCCUUCCCGACUCUGUCCAGAUUCUCGAGCCUCCUCUCGACAAGAUUGUGUCGGAACCUUCCUCAGAGUCAAGAGAGCCUGCCGUUGUUUCCGCUCCACCCCCAGCUGCAGAGGAACCGGCUGUGUACGCACAGGAGCCAGCUUACCAGCAGGAGGCAUAUGGCGAGCAGCCUGCAUUCUGA